AUGAUUGUGGACUUCAGGAAGAGCACUGUCCCCCCGCCCCCACCCUCCGUGAUGGACUCCCCCAUCACCUCUGUGGAGUCCUUCCGUUUCCUGGGCACCACCAUCACCCAGGACCUCAAGUGGGAGCCGACCAUCAGCUCCCUCAUCAAGAAGGCCCAGCAGAGGAUGUCCUUCCUGCGGCAGCUCAGGAAAGCCAAGCUGCAGUUCUACACGGCCAUCAUCGAGUCCAUCCUCACCUCCUCCAUCUCCUCCUCCAUCACCUCCUCAUCACCUCCUCAUGACCUCCUCCAUCACCUCCUCCAUCACCUCCUCAUCACCUCCUCCAUCACCUCCUCCAUCACCUCCUCAUCACCUCCUCCAUCACCUCCUCCAUCACCUCCUCAUCACCUCCUCCAUCACCUCCUCAUCACCUCCUCCAUCACCUCCUCCAUCACCUCCUCCAUCACCUCCUCAUCACCUCCUCCAUCACCUCCUCCAUCACCUCCUCCAUCACCUCCUCCAUCACCUCCUCCAUCACCUCCUCCAGGGGAGGAGAGGGGAGAGUGGUUUGGUGGAGAGGGGUGGGGGGGAGUGGUUUGGUGGAGAGGGGAGGGGGGAGUGGUUUGGUGGAGAGGGGAGGGAGAGUGGUUUGGUGGAGAGGGGAGGGAGAGUGGUUUGGUGGAGAGGGGAGGGGAUGAGGGGAGUGGUUUGGUGGAGAGGGGAGGGGAGAGUGGUUUGGUGGAGAGGGGAGGGGGGAGUGGUUUUGGUGGAGAGGGGAGGGGGGAGUGGUUUGGUGAGAGGGGAGGGGGGAGUGGUUUGGUGGAGAGGGAGGUGGAGAGGGUUUGGUGGAGGAGGGGAGGGGGAGUGGUUUGGUGGUGGAGAGGGAGGGGGAGGGAGAGUGGUUUGGUGGAGAGGGGAGGGGGAGAGUGGUUUGGUGGAGAGGGAGGGGAGGGGAGGGAGUGGUUUGGUGGAGAGGGAGGGGAGAGGGGGAGGAGGGAGGGGGGAGUGGUUUGGUGGAGAGGGGAGGGGAGAGUGGUUUGGUGGAGAGGGGAGGGGGGGAGUGGUUUGGUGGAGAGGGGAGGGGAGGGAGUGGGAGAGGAGUGGUUUGGUGGAGAGGGGAGGGGGAGUGGUUUGGUGGAGAGGGGAGGGGGGAGUGGUUUGGUGGAGAGGGGAGGGGGGAGUGGUUUGGUGGAGGGGGGGGGGGAGUGGUUUGGUGGAGAGGGGAGGGGGGAGUGGUUUGGUGGAGGAGGGGAGGGUGGUUUGGUGGUGAGGGGAGGGGGAGAGUGGUGGGGAGAGGGGGGAGUGUGUUUGGUGGAGGAGGGGAGGGGGGGGUUAGGGUGGAGAUGGUUUGGUGGAGAGGGGAGGGGGGAAGUGUGGUUUGGUGGAGAGGGGGGGGGGGUGGGGAGUGGUUUGGUGGAGUGGAGAGGGGAGGGGGUGAUCCAAUUAGGGGCCGGUGUAUAG